AUGGAUACAAAGACCCAUCCAGCUCUGCAAGGAUAUCAAACGAAUGCUCCAAAGAUGUCUAAAGGAAAAACUAACAACAUGCAGAGUCCAAACAGGCCGUCGGCUAAUGAUUAUAACUCAGUGAAUCACCAGUCAGGUGAUGCUGCCAAUCAAGAAACUAACCGUCUACCAGGACGGUUGACAAACCAACUUCAGUAUUUACUGAAGGUGGUUGUCAAAGCAGUAUGGAAGCAUCAAUUUGCCUGGCCCUUCCAUCAACCAGUGGAUGCUGAAAAACUGAACCUACCAGAUUAUCACAAAAUCAUAAAGUCUCCAAUGGAUCUAGGAACAAUCAAGAAACGCCUAGAAACAAAUUAUUAUCACAGUGCAAAACAAUGCAUAAGUGAUUUUAAUACAAUGUUUACAAACUGUUAUGUUUACAACAAACCUGGCGAGGAUAUUGUUCUUAUGGCACAAACUUUAGAAAAAUUAUUCCUUCAGAAAGUUGCUCAAAUGCCUCAAGAUGAAGUGGAAAUAACAGUUCCCAGUAAAAAAUCUGGCUCUAAAGCAGGUUCUUCCUCAACUGCUAACACAAAUAAUUCUGCAUCUGCUACCUCUGCCGCUGCUGCCCCACCUCCCUCAUCUGGCCCAAAUUCAGGCUCCUCUGUGGCCACACCCCCGCCUCAGGCUACAGCACCCCCCACUAAUGUGGCACCUCCACAGGUAACUUCUCCUGUUGCUUCACCAGUCCGAUACAACACAAGUCAGUCUGGUACUAUUAUCAAGUCCCUCAAAGAGGAGGAAUCGGAAACAUCCCAAGUUCAAGCAACUGUUUUACCUCCAUCUCAGCCCACAAAGACAAAAAAGGGUGUAAAACGGAAAGCAGACACAACCACUCCUGGCAGUAUUGGCCCAUCCACGGCGCCAUCAUCAGUCUAUCAGUCUUCAUCAGUUUAUGAGCACAAGUAUGAUAAUAAACUUUCAUCUGCUAAAAUACCAUUACGAAGAGAAAGCAACCGUCAAGUAAAGAAACCAAAACGUGAUCUACCAGAAGAUCAGAUGGUUAUUCUUGAGAAUCAUGAGUACAAGAGUCUCCCUCCAGAUGUAUCAAUCUCCCUCCGAAAUAAGUCGAGAUCUCCUAAAUCUGUUCCAAAGGCACAGCAUAGCUCAAAAAAUAAAAAAGGGAAGCUUUCUGAACAGUUAAAACAUUGCAAUAUUUUACUAAAAGAACUCUUUGCCAAGAAACAUGCGGGUUAUGCUUGGCCUUUCUACAAGCCUGUAGAUGCAGAAUUAUUGGGUCUCCAUGACUACCAUGAUAUCAUUAAGAAACCAAUGGAUCUCGGAAGUAUCAAGCAAAAGAUGGAUAACCGAGAGUACAAAUCAGCUGCUGAAUUUGCUGAAGAAGUGCGGACCAUCUUCACAAAUUGUUAUCGAUAUAAUCCACAAGAUAGUGAUGUUGUCAUGAUGGCAAAAAAGUUACAGGAUGUUUUUGAAAUGAAAUAUGCUAAACUGCCAGAUGAGCCACCUUCUACUCCUGAACCUCCUACACCUACGGCAAUCCCCAAAACAGAAGCUUCAUCAAGUGAUGCUCCAUCAUCUGAGUCUGGCUCAAGUAGUGAGAGUGAGGAGGACUCUGAAGAUGAAAGAGAAAAAAUGAUCAGACAAUUACAAGAACAGGUCAGAGACAUACAAGAAAAAUUGGGUAUUCUUACACAAGAUGAUGAUGAAGACAAUGCAAAGCCAAUGACAUAUGAUGAGAAGAGGCAGCUUAGUUUGGAUAUUAAUAAGUUACCAGGUGACAAGUUGGGUAGGGUUGUACAUAUAAUUCAAUCAAGAGAACCGUCCUUAAGAGAUUCAAAUCCUGAUGAGAUCGAAAUAGAUUUUGAAACAUUAAAGCCCUCAACACUCCGAGAGCUGGAAUCUUAUGUGAUGUCCUGUUUGAAGAAAAAACCACGGAAACCAUAUAUACCAAAGAAAUUACCAGGUAAAACAAGAGAAGAAGCUCAACGGGAGAAAAAGCAAGAACUUGAAGCAAGACUGAAAGAUGUUACUGGACACCUUCAGGGAUCAAAGAAACCCAUCAAGAAAGAAGAAAAUGUUGCUGGUGAUGUGAAUAGUGGUUCUCGCUUGAGUGCAACCAGUUCCAGCUCAUCAGACUCAGAUUCAAGCAGUGAUACCACCUCAUCAAGCUCUUCAGACUCCAGUGACUCUGAAUCAGAAACUCCUCGUAAGAAGGCACGGAAGACUGAAACCCAAAAGUUAAGUCCAGCCAUGUCACCAUCUGUUAAAAUAACUAUUGGAGGGAAUGUACAAUCACAGAUGCCAGAUAAGGGAUAUCAAAUGCAGCGUAAUUCCACUGGUGGUGGUAGUGCUGGUACUGGGAGUGUGGCUGGAAACACUCCUACUCAGAUGGCCCAGGCCACUGAUCAUCACACUCAUUACCAACAACAGAUGGCUUCUUCAGCAGGGCCCUCCCCUGCCAGUCUUCCAACAUCAGUGAUCCAACACAAGCCACCUAAUACAUCACCAGCUGUAGCAGCUGUUCCUCCUCUAAGCUCAAAGCCUAUAACACAUGCACUUCCAAUGCAACCUAGUCGGCCAACUGCCACUGCAACUGUUAAACCGCAGAUCAAAACAACCAUUCCAGUAAAUUCUGGUGGUAAUGUUUCCAGCGCCAACAUGGCCAAUUCACAGAACAGCACAAAACCAGGCUCACCACCUCCACUUAUUUCAUCGCCAUUAAAAUCCAUCCCAGAACUGCGGCCAUCUUCUCCUGUUGUCCAAACACCUCCAGCUGAGAGAGCUAAAGAGGCUUUCAAAUUUCCAAUGAGUGAUGAGGAAUCCAAUAGUCCAAAGCCCAGUCCCAAAACGACUACAUCUGGUAACACAGUUUGUUCCAAUUUAUCUUUUGGUAUUGGCUCUCUGGUGGAUAACAAAAAAGAACCUAAAGGAAAAAAAGUAAAUGCUAAGCAAGAUAUUCGACUAAAGAAUGCAGGUUCUUGGUCAAGCUUAGUAAUGAAUAGCAGCACAAGUGGAAGUGCAGUAAGAAAAACAUCUGCUAUGGAGUGCUUUGAAGUUUUCCGAAAACAAGCAAAAGAAAAGGAAGAGCGUGAUCGUGCCCUUAAGGAGCAGGAAGAACAGCGGAGAUUAGAAAAAGUUGACAGGGAACGAAAACGCUUGGAAUGGGAAAGACAAAGAGAACGUGAGGAUGAAGAAACAACAUUUGAUCAAGUACGCAAAGCUCAGGUGAUGGCACAACAUGAAGAAGCUGUUCGGGUUCAGGAAAUGGAAAUGACACGGUUACAUGCGCAGAAAGAAAGAGAAAGGUUAAAAGAGCAGGAACGACGGCGACGUGAAGCAACGGCAAAUCAGAUUGAUUUAAAUGAACAGAGUGACUUAAUGGCAUCAUUUGAAGGAAUGCUCUGA